GGAGGUGAGAACACUAAGCCUGGCCUGCCCAGUGCUCUUCCCGUCGUCCCCAGGCAGAUUUAGCUGCUGACAGCUGCUUGGGCCUCUGCCGCCAGGCCCUGGCCCGGGAAACUCACCACCUCUCCCCUUUCUCAGUGACUGCGGAGCCACAGCCCCUCCAUGGCCCAGAAAGAAGAGGCCGCUGCGGCUGCUGCGGCCGCUGCGGCUGCUGCGCCCGCCGCACCCGCUGCACCCGCCUCCCAGAACGGUGAGGAUCUGGAAGAUCUGGACGACCCUGAGAAGCUGAAGGAGCUGAUUGAACUGCCUCCCUUUGAGAUCGUCACAGGGGAGCGGCUGCCCGUCAACUUCUUUAAGUUUCAGUUCCGAAACGUGGAGUACAGCUCCGGGCGGAACAAGACCUUCCUCUGCUACGUGGUGGAAGCGCAGGGCAAGGGGGGUCAGGUGCAGGCCUCCCGCGGGUACCUGGAGGACGAGCACGCCGCCGCCCACGCCGAGGAGGCCUUCUUCAACACCAUCCUGCCGGCCUGCGACCCGGCCGUGCGCUACAACGUCACCUGGUACGUGUCGUCCAGCCCCUGCGCCGCCUGCGCCGACCGCAUCGUGCGGACCCUCGGCAAGACCAAGAACCUGCGCCUGCUCAUCCUGGUUGGGCGCCUUUUCAUGUGGGAGGAGCCCGACGUCCAGGCCGCGCUGCGGAGGCUGAAGGAGGCCGGCUGCCGGCUGCGCAUCAUGAAGCCCCAGGACUUCGAGUACGUCUGGCAGAAUUUUGUGGAGCAGGAAGAGGGCGAGUCCAAGGCCUUUGAGCCCUGGGAGGACAUUCAGGAAAACUUCCUGUACUACGAAGAGAAGCUGGCGGACAUCCUGAAGUAGGCCCACCGGGCCCAGCCUCGCGUCUGCCUGCUGCCACCAGGAGACAGCAGUGACAUGUAUGGCCAUCUGGGACAUGUCUGACUUCCUAAUACCACUUGAGCUGGACAACAUUGGACACCAACCAAUCCUUCUGCACAGGCCCUCCAAGGACUCUAAAUAUACUGCUCAUGCUGUAAAUCAUUUAAGCCAUGGCUCUCUCUAAGGCUGCUCUUGGGAAAAGUGAGUUGCAAGGAAAAUGACAACUGUAUAUGGGCCGCAGGCAUCUGUGGGGCUGAGGGGCCUAAUUAUUCCCCCAAAUGGGUUGCUUUGAGGCAAAGAGGCUCAGACCCAAGGUUUGUGCAGAUCUUUGAAAUAUGUCCGGAUGUGUAUUUGUUUUUUUUUUUUUUUAAAGAAAGAUAGCAACAUUAAUAA